UCAAGUUAAACAAAACCGUUCAAGCAAAGAAUGCAAAUUGGUCCCAGCUACACCAUGAUAAAACUGUUUUUAGCUCUUCAUCUUCACCGACUCACAAUCCCAAACACGCUCAGACAAACACAGCUGAAGGUGAGCCAACCGAAUACAAUUUAAAGAUGCCAAAGUCUAGCCUUUUCAUGUGCUCUUUUCUUGUCUUCAUGUUCAUUAUCAUUUAUCAUCUUCACACAAUGAAGAUAUUUGAGAUUUCGCUCAAAAUACCAGCGCCUCGGCAACUUACAGAACUAGAAAAACUAUUCAAACUGCGGAAUAAUUUAAGCGUCAUAACAUCUGACAAAGCAUUAUUGGCAAGAAGUAUUCAAGCUGGUAAGUCUGAUGGCUUCAGGCAUGUUUUGAUGAAAGCUUUACGAGGAGAAAACGUCAGCAUGUUAGUGAUCGGAGGUUCUCAUAGCGCAGGAGGAAAACUGGGACUUGACGAGAACAGCCGGGAUGGAUUGUAUUACAAAGUAUUCCAAAAUUGGUGGAACGAAACUUUUGGUAGAUUUACAAAAUCUUUUCUGAAUGUAACUGCGCUGACAAUUGGAGAUACGUCAAGCUAUUUCUUCGCGUUUUGCUAUAGAACUUUCAUUCCCGAAGGCACAAGCUUCGAUAUUGUGUUGAUAGAAAUGUCAGCUAAUGAUAAAGGAUUUGCAUCAGCAAAACCACUGGAACAACUGACGCGGCAAGCUCUAAUAUAUCCCUCGGCACCAGUGGUCUUCUACAUAAACGUUGUCCAUGAUUUCGGAAUUAAUCCUUAUACUAAAACAGUAGAAAAUCCAUCUUGUGUUACUCUCGAAGACUUUGGCCAGGCAGAACUUGCCCGUCAUUACGAUAUCACAUCAUUCAACUUAAGGGAAAUAAUUUGUAGAAAAGAGAAAGGUCGAUGGAAAGUAGUAUACUCAAGUAUGGCAGGCUCAGAUGGUAAGCAUAUUGGCGUCAAGGCGCAUGCUCAAAUUGCUUACAUGAUGACUGAAUACGUGAAAAACAUUUACCAAAAGAUUGCUUACAACGUUACGAGAAUACUUCCUUUUUCUAUCACUCGUGUCAGGGGCAAACGCAAAAGCUUCACUCUACCGAGUUUAUUUUUCAUAAAGCGGGAAACUGAAGCGUUAAAAGAGCCACUCUGUUGGACGGGGAAAACGCCAAAUGUAUUUGAGAAGCUUCACCGCUCUAAUCUAAAAUUUGAAAUUAGAGAGAAAGCUGGCUUUUCGCCAUGCUUCCAAAUGUACAAACAAAAAUGGAAUGUUAAAAGGGUCGGUGCAGAACUUCGCACUGAUUCUAAAGGGGGAUGGUGUGCUUGGAGAAGCUCUAGCAUCCUCAAGCUAAAGAUCUACGUUCCUCGGAUUGUUGGUGACAAUUCGUUUCGCACUCGGUCAGUUACAAUUUUGACAAUACAUAAAGAAGGUAGGGCUGCAAUAUGGUUAGACAACAACAAAAACAGAACUGUUAAAACAAAGGCGACUAAGCUUAGAAAGAAUCAAGUCGACACGAUUGGACGUGGAUUGGAGCCAGGUUACCACACAAUUACAGUUAAAGCAUUAUCCAACGCAUUGUUUUGUGUAGCUGGAGUGUUUGUUGGUGCUCCUGACUAUCAUUUGGUGUAGACUUAUGUUCCGAUGCUUGGUAAUAAGUAAAGAAAAGUACGUGAUAAUCGUAAUGGUCAAAACUAUAACAGAAUUCUCGAAGGGGAUUGAAAUUUGGCGUUCUAUUAAGUACGCAAGCAUACAAGCUAUGCAGUGUUGUGAAAGAGCAGGAAAUUACAUAACGUACCGUAAAGCCUGUCGAAUCUGGCGACUUUAGAGGCGAGCUUGGCAACCACCAUGACUUGAAAAAAAGUGAAAAGGUCUUCGCAGUUCAGUUAGAGGGAGACUUUAAGAUUCACUAUGUUCCGGUUUUGUCCUAUGCGGCUUUUUCUACAGCGUGCUUUGUUGGUGUUGUAAAAGCCUGGUGCGUAGGAGAACGAAAUUAUUGAUUUAAUCUUCUAUCGUAUAGUCUGGCCAUUUUUGUCCUUGUCAGAAGUAAAUUAGACUCAUCUUAGAAGGAAAAAAUUUCAUAAUAUGCUAGUGAGACUGCGGGAAAGGAUUUCAGUGAAACAAGGGUCACGAACUUUAUCGACGAAUUAUUUGAUGAAGGAAUUCGAACAUAACGAUGUGUUUGCGAAUACCCAUUACACCGUAACGACAAGCUUUAGAACGACUUAAGAAAAAGAAAAACUGAACCUAGACUCGGCUUCGCAUCAAGGUGUAAAAAGUUGACAAACGAUGACCCUAUAAUUGCUUUAUUCCUAUGAUCCACACACACAACUGAAGACAUCAAAAAGGUGUGUUUUAUUCUUGCGUGUAUUGUGGAUAUGCUGCGGUAUUCAAGGCCCCCAGGCGAACCUUAUCAGUGACAAUAAUAUAACCUUAAUGACAAGUUUUCAAGUCUUGCAGAAUAAGGCUGCUAAAAUAAUUUUGGACAGACCUUUUAAUUCAUCUGCUACGCAUGCGCUUGCCACUCUUAAGUAGGUUCCAUUAGAAAAAAGGCGUUUUCAGAGAAGCUGUAUUUAUGUGUAUUUAAGUGUUUAAGUGUUUAAAUGGACUUGUUGGGCAUGGUAUGAACUUCAUAAGAUAGCAUGAACAACAUGAUUAUAAUACCAGAACUAAGCUAAAUCUCAGACUUUCAAGUAUCAAGGGGAAUUGGAGUAAACAACGGACAACAUUUCAUGCCAUCUAGGAUUUUAUUUCUCUUAGGCAGGCAAUCAGGCAAUCCGUUAAUCUUGAUAUUUUUAAACGUAAUCCUUUAAUAUUGUGACUUAAAUAAAUUUCAUUUCUGUGAUCCAAAUGAAUUUAAGUUAAUGUGGUGUUUCUUCUUUUAUUUUUUUACAUAUUUUUAAUUUUAAUGUGCGAAUUGU